AUGGCGUCUAGAAGAGUGUUAGAAGAUGAAGAAAUUGUUUCUAUUCUGAAUCAAGAAGACGAAUUUUCAAAUGAUGGCAGUGACAGCGAGAUUGAGGAUCAUGUAAUCGAGGAUGAUGUCCAAAGUGAAACUGACGACGAGUACGUAGAUGAGGUUAUAGAAGAAAACUUAGAUGAAACCUCAACAUCUGAACACCGCGGACAUGACCACCGAAUAAUUAUUCCGGCUCAAAGAGUAAUCAGAGGUAAGAAUAGACACGUUUGGGCUACUUGUAAAGGCCAAAAUCACGGAAGAACAUCUGCUAUCAAUAUAGUUCGUUCUAAUAGAGGUCCCACUCGAAUGUAUCGAAAUAUUUUGGACCCACUUUUAUGUUUUCAUUUAUUUAUCACGGAUGAUAUUAUUCAAGAGCUUGUUCGCUGGACAAAUGUUGAAAUAUCCAUUAAACGUAGUGAUAGUAUGACUUCUCCGACAUUUAGAGAUACAAAUCCUACUGAACUCAAAGCCUUUAUUGGUAUACUUACUCUCAGUGCUGCAAUGAAAGAUAACCAUUUAUCUACAGUCGAAUUAUUUGAUAGUUCAUUUAGUGGCACAAGAUAUGUGACGGUUAUGAGUAGAGACAGAUUCGAUUUUAUUAUCAGGUGUCUAAGAAUGGAUGACAAGACCCUGCGCCCUGCUCAUCGUAAGCAAGAUCCGUUUAUUCCUGUUCGGAAGGUUUGGGAUUUAUUUAUUGCUCAAUGCAAAAGUAAUUACUCUCCUGGAAGCAAUGUCACUGUUGAUGAGCAAUUACUUGGAUUCCGUGGUAGAUGCCCAUUCAGAAUGUAUAUACCUAACAAACCAAGUAAAUAUGGAAUAAAAAUCCCAAUGAUGUGUGAUAGUGGAACUUCUUACAUGCUGAACGCUAUGCCAUACAUCGGAAGAGCAACAAAUACAAAUGGUUUGCCGCAAGGAGAGUAUUACUUGAAGGAGCUAUCAAGACCAGUUCAUGGCACAAACCGCAACAUUACGUGUGACAAUUGGUUCACGUCCAUCCCUGCCACAAAAUCAAUGCUACUUGCACCAUAUAAAUUGACAAUAGUGGGCACGGUAAGGUCAAACAAACGGGAGAUCCCCGAGCAGUUGAAAAACACCCGUUCUCGGCAAGUGGGAACGUCUAUGUUUGCCUUUGAUGGAUAUUUAACACUAGUUUCUUACAAGCCUAAGCCGUCGAAAAUGGUGUACUUAUUGUCUUCAUGUGAUGAAGGUCCCAUUAUAAAUUCUUCAACUGGCAAACCUGAGAUGAUAAUGUUCUACAAUCAAACUAAAGGCGGCGUCGAUACGUUUGAUCAGAUGUGCUCUUCUAUGUCAUGUUCUAGAAAGACAAACAGAUGGCCAAUGACAAUGUUUUAUGGCAUUUUAAACAUAGCCUUUGUCAAUUCUUACAUAAUUUACACGCAUAAUGUUUUGCUAAACGGAGGAAGACGAUUGAAUCGUAGAGAGUAUAUGAAGAAGCUUAGCUCUGACCUGUCAGCACCGUGGAUGAGAUCCAGAAUGGAAGUCCCUACUUUGACCAGACGUUUGAAGGAAAAUAUUCAAAAAAUCUUACCACAAACCAGUCAAGAGGGUUCUGAAGAAGCUGACGAUGAACCUCCAGCUAAAAUUGGAACAGUGUUAGACGAUUUAAAAUCUCCAGUAUCUGCGCCAUGGGUUGCUGUAGUUGAUCAAAAGUCGCAUUUAAUUCAAUGCGCAAAGAACCAAAAUGGACAAGGACAUCCAUUGAACCAACUACAACAACCACAACAACAUCUACCAGAACAACAUCAGAAAUUAAUUGAAAAGCUUCAAUUACAAAUACGCGAACUUCAACAACAACAUAAGGAACAGCAACAAGAACGACCAUCAAUCUGA